AUGACUGCCGCCCUCACAGCUGUUUUUCAAUGGGACGGGCUCGGAUGGAGCCGGCACGUGGCAACAGACAAGGCUCACUUCACCGCAGCCGCCGGCCAGAGCAGGGCCGGCUCGAUCACCGACAAGUGUCAGCUGAGUCCGUACGCUCGGCUGAUGGACCAGCUGUGCUCUGACGAGCGGCUGGCACAGGAGCGCGCCGCCGGCACGAGAGUCGGCCUCUACCGCCUCUACGGAGACCUGGGCACGGGCAACUUUUCUCGGGUCAAACUCGCUGUGCACCAGCUCACGGCAGACCGCGUGGCCGUGAAAAUCGUCGAUAAAGCAAAGCUGGAUUACAAGACCCACGCCAUGUUGGCUGAGGAGAUCGAGAACAUGGAGCGGCUUCAUCAUCCGCACAUAGUAAGGCUGUACGAGGUGCUGGAGACGCCGCAGCGGUACCACCUGGUGCUGGAGUACGCCGCCGGUGGUAACCUGCACCAGCUCAUCACCGCCGAGGGCAGACUGGGCGACAGACGGGCCCGCGCCCUGGCCGUCCAGCUGGUGUCGGCCCUCCAGCACAUGCACGACCAGAACCUCGUACACCGCGACGUCAAAGCCGACAACGUGUUCCUUACGCGACGCGGCCGCGCCAAGCUGGGUGACCUGGGCUUCAGCACUCCCGUGGUGGGCGUGUACCGGAUCGUGCUACACCGUCUGAUGCGGGCUGAGGAGGGCGAGGAGUCCGACGCGGACUCGCCAGCUGCCCACCUGAAGACACUACCCGGGAGGGUCAAAGGCUGCGUCAUCGCCUGA